AUGUCGGCGGGCAGUCGCAACUCGCAAUCACGCCUACACGCCGAUAGCAGACCGUCUAAACCGUCGCUUGUGCCGUCUGGAAAGAGGUCCUAUUCAGACUAUCUGAGUGAUAUCGACCGGAAAUUCAAAAAGCUCACCCAAGAAGUCCUACCAACCCACCCAUACAUCUUGUCAGUUCCCACCGAGAAGCCGUACCGGCUGGGAUCGCGCUUCGUGAGCAACUGGGCAGUAGGGGAGAAUACUUUGUUCUCUCCAGAGGAAGAGCAGCUGCAGUAUAUGACCUUUCUCCCGCACCAGGGAGAAGACACACUGCUCGUCUCGGUUGGAGGCUGGUCGGAUGAUAAGGGGAAUAUAAUCCAGGAAGAGGACCAGAGACCCUCAAGCGCUGUCAGCAUGGCUGCGCCACUAACUGGCUCACAGCAAGAUGCGCUGGCCAAGAGAAAGAAAAAGAUCACCCUGAGUGACUACAAGAAGAAGGCGCUGGAAACACCUCCACCGCUGCCUGGUGCAACGGAACCAACUACGAACGGCGCCAAUGGAACAAAUGGUAACGGAGCUGGGAGCAUAGGGCGCACAGCGGACUCUGAAAAGCCACUGCGCAGACCGCAGUCGAAUAACUGUAAACCAGAGCCCAAGCACCGCACAUCCCAGCUCCCUGGAUCGACCUCCUCAGCAGCCCCUGAAACCCGGCCUGGCGGCAACAAUGAUACCAAACGGAAUGGAUUAGAUGGCCCUCCGUCGACCAGCACCAGCAGUCGACUGGAUAAGAAUACCAAGCUACCGCCGUCAAAACCCACUCAAGCUAAGGAAUCUCCGCCUCGUAAGAAGCCACGGCUCUCCGCACAACCGGAAGAGCGAGAUAGAACACCAACCAAGAAGCCAGGAAGGACCCAUCAGAUGGUCCCUGAACUACUCUCGCCGACUCUCCCAUUUGAUAACGAGAGCUUUAGCCUCUCUUUGCCGCCUUUACUAUCCCCCACCCUCCCACCAGAUAUAGAGGAAGAACUGGCCAGGCUCCCCGAUGAUGGUCUAGAGAAGAGCUCCCGCUCUCACUCUAGUUCUAUAUCUAGCACAUCCAACAAGGCUUUACCCAGCAAACCCAAGCCAAAUUCAAACUCUUCAUCUUUCCCAACCCCAUCUUCAGCCAAACAGCACCAGCAAUCUCCUCAGGUUACGGAGAAGAAGCCGGCAGGUAUAUCCUCCGCGAAUCUCCCUCCAAAACCGCCCACAAUAUCGUCAUCUUCUCCCGCACUUACAUCAAGGACAACGGCUUCUCAACCUCCCCCACGGAUCACAACAACCGCUCCCAAGGAAAGGCUGAUCGUCAAAUUGAAAUACGGCCGACAGAACAGGAAACGAAUCGAGGCGCUCUUGAAAAUAUCAUCCAAGCGAAAGCCAACUCCGGUACAAGGAUCUGGGAAACCGAAAGGCUUACCGGAGGCUAUUGUCAUAUCUAGAUCCUCCCCGCCAAAUUCUUCGCCACAGCCUAGCAACUCUACCACCAUGGGGAGGCAGCGGGAACCUAGCUCUGGUCACAAGCGACCCAAGACUGUGGAUGGUGACGAUAUACAAGAGCCAGCUUUGAAGCGGCCGCGGAGUUCUAACACUCUCGCACCUCCCCCUGAACAAGCUCCCACACCUAGCAUACACACUCCUAGAUCGACUUCGGCCACCAAACACCCCCCUACAUCCACGCAAGACCAAUUUCUUACCCCCAAGAAAGAACCGAAAGGAGCUGCAAUGCGCCGUGUGGGAUCUGGUGACAGUGACAUGAAGACUCCAAGUGGCAGCACAACAAGUGUCAAGAUGACACACUCAAUCUCCGUAGAAGGUCAUCCGUCUUCUAGCGCCCAACCAUCCGAACGCCGCGGCUGGCGUGACGAGUACCAGAGAUUUGUUAACCUCGGCCGUGAUCUAAAACACGCCUCCCAGCGUAACUCAACCCAUAAAUACAGCACCAGCCAUGAUAUACAAGAUGACAAACUGAGUGCCACUAUCGCGGUGGAAGCCCUUCUCUGCUUCGUUUUAGCAUUCAUCGCUGAGCAACGCUUCCAAUCUCUCAGUCGCCAAGUUGGUAACUCGACAGGCUGGCGCUCGAUAAUCGCUUACUGGCAAGCCGUCCUCAGCCGAACUACCUCUUACCCGCAUCUCCAUGGCCUGUGUCUUCUUCUAGGUGCCGUUUGCCAUGAAUCCAUUCACUCUCUCGAUCUAGAACGGCUGGCCGUUACCCCUUUUCCUGAUGAACAUAGUCCUGCCCCCACCCCAGGCAGCGACGGUAACACCGUGACCAGCGAAGAAAGCAAGAAACAGCGCCGUGAAUUCGCUGAAUUAAGAACACGACUUCCAGAAUCCUACAAGGUUGCGCGUCGUCUAUGGGUUGAAGGGUCCCGCGAGCUUUCAGACUCCAUCCUCACACAGCAUUACCCCAACACCUGGUCUAAACGGCUAAAAAAUGCUGCAGAAAGAGGAAGAGAACAGCUUAAACUCGGCGAGUAUGGAGGUGACUAUUACCUUCCACUGGGCACAGCAUCGACUCCUCUGGAAGCUGUACGAUUUGGCUGGAGUUUCUUAAACGAAUGGAGUGAAAGAGAAGGAGUCAAGUGGAAGGGUAGGUUGGGACUCUAA